UCCGCGUCGGGCGGCGCGGGCACGCAGGGCGCUGCCGGCGCCUUCCAGUGCUCCUUCUGCCAGAAGACGUUCUCGCAGAAGAACACCUACCAGAACCACGUGCGCUCGCACGGCAAGGAGGGCGACGAUCCUUACCCGUGCACCAUCUGCGGCAAGACGUUCGCGGUGCCGGCGCGCCUCACGCGCCACUUCCGCACGCACACGGGCGAGAAGCCGUACCAGUGCGAGUUCUGCAAGAAGGCCUUCUCCGUCAAGGAGAAUCUGAGCGUGCACCGGCGCAUCCACACCAAGGAACGGCCGUACAAGUGCGACGUGUGCGAGCGCGCCUUCGAGCACAGCGGCAAGCUGCACCGGCACAUGCGCAUCCACACGGGCGAGCGGCCGCACAAGUGCCAGGUAUGCUCCAAGACGUUCAUCCAGAGCGGCCAGCUCGUCAUCCACAUGCGCACGCACACGGGCGAGAAACCGUACGUGUGCAAGGCGUGCGGCAAGGGCUUCACCUGCUCCAAGCAGCUCAAGGUGCACACGCGCACGCACACGGGCGAGAAGCCGUACUCGUGCGACAUCUGCGGCAAGUCGUUCGGCUACAACCACGUGCUCAAGCUGCACCAAGUGGCGCACUACGGCGAGAAGGUGUACAAGUGCACCAUCUGCAGCCAGACGUUCACGUCCAAGAAGGCGAUGGAGGUGCACAUCAAGAGCCACUCGGAGCAGCAGCAGCAGCAGCAACCUCAGCAACCUGCAGCAGCAGCAGCAGCAGCAACAGCAAGCUCCUGCGCGCCGUCCCCGGAGCCUCGUCUGGAGGCGGAAGUGGCGCGCAAGGCGACAGAAGUGGCGGUGUCGAUGGAAGACGACGCGGGCAACCCCGUGAGCGUGCGCGACAUGUGCUACUACUACUUCUACCCGCCGUCGGGGGCUGUGCCCGUUCCACCCGCCCACGCGGGCCAGGGCGUCGGCGGCAGCCUGACGCCGCCCGCCAGCGUCGAAGACGACGAGCACUUCGCGCGCGCCGACACGGCCGUGCCGCUGAGCGAGCCGCCCGUCUACCUGUUCCCCGAGCCCUUGGGUUCGAUGCGCGGCCGCGCCACGCCGUACGACUUGCCCGUGCCGGCGUGCCUGGCCGCCUCCAGCCCGUCGCCGCCGCUGACGCCGCCCUCCAGCAACCCCGUCUCGCCCGUACCCGCCGCUCCCGCGUCGCCCGACCGCCGCGACGCCUGUUCGCUGCCGCCCCGCAAGCGCUGCAAGCAGAUCCUCAAGUCCAUCGCGGCAGCGGCCGCCGCCGAACCAGCCAUCCGCUACAGCUCCGUCAUACACUACGCGGGGGCCUCGUAA